AUGGACGGAAUUCAAUAUAAUCAAUAUGGCAUUAAUACCAGCGACCAAAAUCAAGGACAUCAAUAUACAUUAUCUGCUGAAGGUCCAGUUGAUGCUGUGAGUUUAGAUUUCAUUGGUCAUCAACAAAACUUGACUCCUUCUCAAUCGACUGCAUCGAUUCCAAAAGUGGCAUUCAACGCACCAAUAACUCAAUCAUUAGGUGGUGUACAAGCAACUUCUUCAUUUCAUUCUAUUUCAAGUUUGGAUUCAUCAGCUGAAAUGUCGAAGUAUUUUCCUGAAGCUACAACACCUAAUUUAGUACCACUCAGGUAG